UGAGGUCGCCCACCCGGCCGCCAUGGCUGAGAAGGACUUCGCGGGGGAGCCGAGUCCUGCCUCUGUGGUAGCCUCCAAAGCAGGACUUGAGGACCUGGCCUCGCCUGGGACCUCGGAGUCCAGGGACUACGACCGUACCUGCGUGUUCUGCCGCGUGGCGGCGGGCCAGGAACCCGACACUCAACUCUUGAACUGCGAGAAUGAAGACCUAGUUUGCUUCGAAGAUAUCAAACCAGCGGCACUUCAUCAUUAUCUUGUGGUGCCAAAGAAGCAUAUUAGAAAUUGCAAGGAACUAAACCGAGAUCAAGUAGAAAUGGUUGAGAGCAUGGUAGCUGUUGGAAAAGCCAUUCUUGAGAGAAAUAAUUUCACCGACCUUACAGAUGUGAGAAUGGGUUUCCAUGUGCCACCAUUCUGUUCCAUUUCUCAUCUGCACCUUCAUGUCAUAGCACCAGUGAAACAGUUUGGCUUCUUAUCAAAAUUGAUUUACAAACCAAAUUCUUACUGGUUUGUCACAGUUGAUCAUUUGCUUGAAACACUAAGAAAGUAAAAAUGCGAACCAUGGACAAGUUCCUUAACCUGACUGAGGAUGAGCUACAGUUUUUUUUCUCUUUGGAGUCUAACUGCAGUCUGAAGGUUUGCUGCUAUUCACAGCACUACAACUGAAGAGCCUUACUGUUUUCUUGAAUGUCUGUUUUUUCAGAUCUGUAAUACAGUUGAGUACUGAGUCACUCAUUUCUUUGUUUUGAUGCUUACCUAUGUAAGGUUUUACACUUGAGAUACUGUAACUAAACGUUUGUUUAGUACAAAUUUUGCUAAUCAAGAUGCAUCCUAUAUUUUUUAAAGUUCAGGUUUCAUUUAUUAGUAGUCUUAAUAAUAAUUUAUGAUGAGUAAAUUGGCAUAGAAAAUUGAAACCUUUUUACUGUGAAGGAGAAGAAAUUAGAAAUCUUAUGAUAGUUUUAUAGUUUUAUACAUACAUUUUCAAAUUAAAGAAUACCAUGCUACCAAUAUUCUGAUUUGAUUAUAGAAACAUUUAUGUAUGUGUCACUUUUUACUGGUGUCAGACACACACACAACACACACACAACACACACACACACACACACACACAUACACAUACUCAUAUAAUACAUUAAUUUCCGUUAGCUAUAGGGAAGAUAUUCUCUAAGUCUCUCAGUGAGUACCUAAAACCCAGGAUAAUACCAAACUAUAAUGUAUCCUGUGCUUUUUCUUUAUGUGCAUACCUUAGACAAAUAGUUUAUAACAGGCAUAGUAAGAGAUUAAUAACAAUACUAAUAAAGCAGUUAUAAGAAGGUACAAUUAAAAUACUGCUGAUGUUCUUGGUUGUGCUUUGUUGCCAUAUUAAGUUGAAUACAACUACUAUGAUGCUGUGACAGUUAAUCUGAUUACUGUAAGUGGGUAAUGCAUACAGACAUUGUGGAUGAUUCGUAUCACAGGUGAGAUAGAGUGGAAUGGUGUGAAAUUUCACUUUUCUGUUCAGAAUUGAAUACAGUGUAAGAUGUAUGAAUUGUUAAUUUCUGGCCCUUUGUCACUUGAUAUUGUGGGUUAGCCAUAGAUUACUGAAACUGUAAAAGCCAGGUCAUAGACGGUGAAACUUUAGAUAAGAGGGAACUACUUUCAUGUAAUUUUAAAUGAAUAUAGUAACCAGCAACAUGGUUAUCUUAAUAAAAUUUAUGUGUAAUUUUACUUGUCAGGAGAUAAGGAAGAAACACAAAUUAGUAAUGUACGAAAACUGACAGAAACUAUUGUCAUAAGGUAUGCUUUUGUAUCAAAGGAAAAUGAACUAGUGCUUAGACUCAGUCUUAUUAUGAAAAAAGACUUCAUUUGAAAGAAGAAAGAGACAUACAUAGGGAGUUUAUCUUGCUAAAAUAGUGCUAAUAUUAUUGGUAUAUCAUUUAGUGAAGAGUGUUUAUUGGGAGUUGUCCUUUGGCUGUGUCUACAGACACAGUAGUGACUGAAGGUAGAUGAGAUGUUGAAAGAUGAUUCUGCAUUGUUCCAGUGUCUAGUAGUGUUAUGUAUGCAGCAGGAAAGGAACAUGAAGACUAAUGCAUUGUAGAAAUCAGCUAAGAUUUCUAGUUUAUUGUUUCGGCAUGAUGUUAAACGAUUUUAAAUAACCAACCAUUUGUUGCAAGCUUGAUUACAAUAUCUGUAGUCAAGUGUUGUCUAGUUUGAUUAAAAUUCAUUAAUUCAGCAAAUAUU